CGAGACAGUCGUGGUUUUACCUUGGUAGAUCGCACACGCGUUUCUCUCUGACCAUACCAAUAUCGAAAUUUCUUGUGUAAAUACUGACAUUGUACGUUUUAAGUAGACAAUUUUUUCGCUCUCUUACAAAUGACACAAUAUCGAAGAAUCCUAAUUUUUUGCUUGAGCUGUAUAUGCUUUUUUGAGUAUGUCGCAACUGAUGAGCUGAUAGUAAAAAUAAAAAAUGGUACUUUAUCGGGUUUGACUUUGAAAACUAGAAAAGGUAGAGAAAUUGCCGCCUUUCGGGGUAUACCAUAUGCGCUUCCACCUCUUGAAAAAUUAAGAUUUGAGCCACCGAAACCAGCAACAGCCUGGAAUGGUGUGCGAUCAGCUAAAGAAGACGCCGACAUAUGCACACAAAGGAACAUAUACACUAAUCAAGAAGAGAUCGUUGGUGAUGAGGAUUGCCUCUAUUUGAAUGUCUACACGCCAAAAUUACCUACUAAGAAUGAUAAAUUAAAGGGAGGAUAUCCGGUUAUGAUUUGGUUUCAUGGCUGUGGAUGGAUUUGUGGUGCUGGUCAUUCGGAAUUUUAUAAUCCCAAAUUUUUAUUAGACCAUGAUCUAAUUCUCGUGACAGUAAAUUACAGACUCGGACCUUUGGGAUUUUUGAGUACGGAAGACACUGUAUGUCCUGGAAAUAAUGGAUUGAAGGAUCAAGUUUUGUCCCUUCGUUGGGUACACGAAAAUAUCGCUGCUUUUGGUGGUGAUCCAAACAGAGUGACCAUCUUCGGAGAGAGCGCCGGUGGCGCUAGUGUGCAUUAUCAUAUGAUAAGUAAUUUGACAAAAGGACUUAUCCACCAAGCGAUCUCUCAAAGUGGUAAUGGCUAUUGUUUAUGGACUUUAACAAGACCAGGUUUAGCGAAAAAAAAGGCCAUGAAGGUUGCUGAACUUCUGGAUUGUCCUUCGAAAGAUUCAAAACAGCUUGUCGAUUGUCUGCGGAAGAAGAAAGCCACUGACAUCAUCGCGACAGAUCGCGCUUUUCAAAUAUUUGGUUAUUGCCCAAUGAUACCCUUUAGACCGGUAAUUGAACCUGUUCAUCCUGGUGCUUUUUUAACCGAAGAUCCAGUAAUUUCUUCGAAACAUGGCCGCCUGUUAGAUAUACCAUGGAUGACAGGAAUUACAUCCGAAGAAGGUUCCCUCGUAGCACCAGCAUUAUAUGGAAGAAACAACGGAGAUUUGAUUAAAAAAUUGAACAAAGAUUUCUUAAAUAUCGCUCCAAUAACGUUAUUAUACGGGGAUACAUGCUCCAAAGAUGAACAGAAACGGGUGGCUUCCGAAAUACGGAAAUUCUAUUUCGACGAUGGCCCGAUUGAUAAUUCAACGCGAUUCAAAGUGAUCGAUAUGUACAGCGACGCCUGGUUCAAUCAUGCAGCUUACACUUCUGUGCGUAAUUAUCUCGCGAAACAAUCCUCUCCCGUGUAUUAUUAUUAUCUCGCAUACAAAGGGAGCGCAUCGUUCAGUAUGAUAUUUGGCGAUCCUCACAACGAUUACGGGGUAUCGCACGCGGAUGAACUUCAAUAUUUGUUCCCUGUCGGUGAACAAUUGUUCAAGAACAUUUCACUGAGCAAGCAAGAUCACAAAAUGGUGGAUAUUAUCACGAGUCUUUGGUACAACUUUGCAAAAUCCGGCAAUCCUACACCCGAAGUGUCACAAGAUAUACCCGUUAAAUGGAAACCCGUGAGAACUCAGGCCCUAGAAUAUCUUCACAUAGGACAAGAUAACAUUAGAAUGUCGGAAAAUCUUAUCUCAGAGAGAAUGAAAUUUUGGGAAAGUUUACCGAUACGAUCGGAUUUGGAUGAUAGCGGGUCAAAAUAUCAUGGAAAAGACGAAUUAUAAGAAAAUGUAAAAAAAAAAAAAACUGCGUUACGACUGUCAUGCGUGAAAAUCAGAAAAUUCAAUUCGCACAGAACAGUGGAUAAAUGGUGUCUCCCCGAUUAUUAUAUGUUAACUUUGUGAAUUUUAAUUUAAAGAAGAAAAAAAAAGAAAAAAAAAAAAACAAAAGUAUACGAAUGAUAUGAUU